AUGAGCGUGACCUUUCCCGCCAGACCAAUGGCAACGGACCACAUGACAUCCUCCACCACGCCGGUAAAUGCAGUCCCUUCCAAUCUUUCGUUGAUCUGGUCAGAAGAGGGUCUGUGGAAUCAUGGUAACCAUUAUACGCAGGCUCUUGGCAAUGGUCCGAUCGUACCAGACACGCUGCUGUACUACAAUCUCUAUGAUCAGCUCUGGAAGCAGCGCCAGAAGCAAGAGGACUUCGAGAAACGGCUCGACACCAGUGAGAAGGAGAAAGAGGAAUUUCGCACCACUUUUCAAGCAGAGCUCAGCGCCCUAGAAAAGCAGCUCAAAGGUCAGACAUCGGCGUUCAUGAAGAAGCUCCGCCAGUCAGAGGAGCGAUUGGAAGCCAGGCUAGACGCAAUGCAGCGCCAACUUGAUACACAAAAGGCCACACAAAACGCAAAUGCGGAAACAGUGCAACACGACAUCCGUAAUCUUCAAAGGAACCUAGAUCUGAGAUCGGGCCAACAGACUGCGCCAGCGCCAGCGUUGCCUGUGGUUCGCGACCUCAAACGACCUAUCACGACAGAUGAGGCAGUAGCAAUCAAGCGAAGAAAAGAGGAUGAACGUUCGCCAGUGGUCGACUUAGAUACGCGCGGGCACCCACGGUCUAGCUCCCCGAAGCCGACGCAAACUCGAUCGAAAACCAGGCCAAAGCAGUCAGUCUCCGGCAACAGUCGCGAGAAGGCGUCCAAGACUCGGAUGGAAGAGUUUCGCCAGCACCAGAAGGAUGUCCAUGACGCAUAUCUGCAGCUGAAAUCCACAAACUUCAAUGCAGUGCGAGCAUUCGUGUACAAGUUCAUCGAGAACAUAUCCGACUUCGAAAUUUCGCAGAAGUUCCAACUGGGAUUACUCACAAUGAUGCCGGAUUAUUUUAGAGAGGGGAAGAAAAGCAAAUACGGUUGGCGACAUGUUGUUGCUGUGGGAGGUACUUUGAAUUGGGAGGAUGUCUCGCGAGUCGCCAGUUCCAUUGAAGUUGGCGAGGACUAG